UUGAUUUUUAGAUGUGCGUGCAAAAAUAACAUUACUAAUUUACUACGGAAAAGCAUUAGAAACAGCGAGAACUAGACAACAACUCGUCGGAAAUGGAGAGCACCGAUCAUUCAACAGUGGCUAGAGGGCGUUUGGCGGUACUCGCAGCGCACAUCGCGGCGUCCGCCGAUCGAUCCGCCGCUGGUUCCGCAGGAAUUUUGGAUUCCUCUAGCUGCUCUGCAAACGUGGCGCCACCGCCUAAUCUGAAAGGUUCGUUGCUUCUGGUUGACGAGCGCACUGGAAACAAGUACCGGAUUCAGGUAUCCGAGGAAGGAGUUCUUAGAGCGACCGACUUCAAGAAGAUAACAACGGGAAAGAAUGACAAGGGACUCAAGCUUUAUGAUCCAGGAUACCUUAACACGGCUCCUGUGCGAUCGGCUAUAUCUUAUAUUGAUGGAGAUGAAGGGAUUCUUAGAUACAGGGGUUAUCCAAUAGAGGAGCUGGCGGAGGGGAGUUCCUACUUGGAAGUGGCGUAUCUAUUGAUGUAUGGGAAUCUACCAUCUGAAAAUCAGUUAGCAGAUUGGGAGUUUGCUGUUUCGCAGCAUUCUGCUGUUCCACAAGGAAUAUUGGACAUUAUACAAGCAAUGCCCCAUGAUGCUCACCCUAUGGGUGUUCUUGUCUGUGCCAUGAGUGCUCUUUCUGUCUUUCAUCCGGAUGCUAACCCAGCUUUAAGAGGCCAAGAUAUAUACAAAUCCAAACAAGUUAGAGACAAACAAAUUGUCCGCAUUUUGGGGAAGGCUCCAACCAUUGCAGCAGCAGCUUAUUUAAGAAUGGCAGGGAGGCCUCCUGUUCUUCCAUCCAGCAAUCUUUCGUAUUCAGAGAACUUUUUAUAUAUGCUUGACUCAUUGGGUAACAGGUCUUACAAACCAAAUCCUCGGCUUGCUCGUGUCCUUGAUAUACUUUUUAUAUUGCAUGCAGAUCAUGAAAUGAAUUGUUCCACUGCUGCUGCAAGGCACCUUUCUUCAAGUGGUGUUGAUGUGUAUACCGCCCUUGCUGGUGCAGUUGGAGCCUUGUAUGGGCCUCUUCAUGGUGGAGCCAAUGAGGCUGUGCUCAAGAUGUUAAGUGAAAUUGGAAGUGUAGACAAUAUACCUGCUUUCAUCGAGGGAGUAAAGAACAGGAAGCGUAAGAUGUCUGGUUUUGGGCAUCGUGUUUACAAGAAUUAUGACCCCCGAGCCAGAGUCAUCAAGAAACUCGCAGAAGAAGUUUUUUCAAUUGUUGGCAGGGAUCCUCUUAUAGAGGUGGCAAUAGCUUUAGAGAAAGCCGCGCUAUCAGACGAGUACUUUGUCAAGAGGAAGCUGUAUCCUAAUGUCGACUUCUACUCUGGGCUGAUUUAUAGGGCAAUGGGUUUCCCCACCGAAUUCUUCCCUGUUUUAUUUGCAAUUCCCCGAAUGGCUGGCUAUUUAUCACACUGGCGCGAAUCUCUGGAAGAUCCUGAUACAAAAAUAAUAAGACCAGCACAGGUGUACACCGGCGUCUGGCUGCGACAUUACAUGCCAUUGAAAGAGCGCAUGGGCUCGAGCCAAGACGAGGAUGAUAAACUAGGCCAAGUGGCUGUCUCCAAUGCUACAAGGAGACGGUUGUCUGGAUCCGGGGCUUAGUCUCGCCAUCGGACUGUCUGAUUUCAAACCGAUCGAAGAAAAUAAGUGGACCUAGGAGUUGUGAUGUUAAAAGAUCUAUUGCAGCCAGAAAAAUCGUUGCAACAAUAAUAAUAAUAGUACGUACACACCACUUGAAUGGUUCUUUCUUACGUGCUUAGAAUAAAAUCGUUUAGCUGUCUGAAUUUUUUCAUAAUCAACUUUCCUUCCCCAAGGUUCCAUAAUCGUUUAGCUGUCUGUGCGUACACACUGUAUGAACUAUUGUCAUAUAAUAUUAGAUUAUAUACUGUAUAAACUUCAUAUGUUGUCGA